CAUGAGAUAGGAGGGGGGGGGGGCUCAGCUAGAAGAGAGUCAGUCAGACUGUGGAAAGUUAGAGGCAGAAAGUUCUGUGUGCCACACUCAGAUGUCAGGGUUGGUGCGGCCCCCCCCCCCCCGGUGACCCAGGACUGCACCCCCUCUUUGCCCCAGGACUAUAUGGGAUGUGUUCUGCAGAAGCUGCUUAUGAAAUGAUUGAACUGAAAACUCUGGAUCGCUACGAUGGACUGGAUUUGACACAGAGCCCCAAAGGGGGUCACCGGCUGGAGCGCACCAAUGCCGUCAGGAUCCCCCCUGGUAAAGCCCCCACCAUCCUGCAACGGAGUCUGCGGCGGAGGGUGCUCUUGGGACAAGAUGAUAACUUACCUCAGGGCAAGGUAGGAGAGGGUCACUACUUCCAGCCCACCUCCCACACCCAGUACACCUGGUGCGACCUCUGCGGAGACUUCAUCUGGGGCAUCUACCGGAAGAGCCUGCGCUGCGCCUACUGCAGUUUCACCUGUCACUAUCGCUGCAGAGCCUUAAUCAGAUUACACUGCAGCAGGGGAGAAGAUUCCGAGAGUGACAGCGAUGUGACACAGGAGACGGCAUUGGAAAAAGACACUAAUGUGGAUGAGAAGCCAGAAAAACAGGCGCCGGCCCUGAGCCAGAAAGAGACCGAGCAGAAGAUAAAGGAUUAUAACUCUAAGAUCAAGAGUAACCUCUUCAUGAGCAUGAACAAAGAUGGCUCCUACACUGGAUUCAUUAAGGUCCAGCUGAAGCUCAUCCGCCCAGUCUCUGUGCCGGCCGCUAAGAAGCCCACGUGUGAGCGGAGAGGAGCCGGCCGUUCCCAGGCGGUGAAACGCAGAACCUCCUUCUACCUUCCUAAGGAUGCCUCCAAGCACCUUCACCUCAGUUCCCGCACCCCAGCCAGUGAGGUCAUCCAGGCGCUCCUGCGCAAAUUUACUGUUCUGGAUAACCCCAGGAAGUUUGCCCUUUUCCAGAGGACGGAGCAGGGCAGCCAGGUGAUCCUGAGAAAGCUGUCCGAUGAGGAGGAGCCGCUGAAGCUGCGUCUGCUUUCCGGACCGUGCGACAAAACCCUGAGCUUCGUACUGAAGGAGAAUGAGACGGGAGAAGUUAAUUGGGACGCAUUCAGCAUGCCAGAGCUUCAGAAUUUCCUGCGUAUUCUCCAGCGGGAGGAGGAGGAGCACAUGCGGCAAAUCGUCCAGCGCUACGCUCGCUGCCAGCAGCAGAUGCAAGAGGCUCUGGCGUCACGUACCCCUGGCUGAGCCGCAGGGCGUGCACCCCCGAGAGACGGAGCGCAUGAAGACUGCAAGGCUGAUCCAGAAGACGCAUACGUGGUGUGACUGGAGACUGAGUGCAGGGGAGAUAGCUCCCCCCUCAGGACAUAUGUGAGUGACCGAGUGUGUCUGCGUGGGACACGGGGAGCUGCAGCUGUCGAUGCGACUGGUGCUGAGAGAGAGAGAGGCUGGGACAUGACUCUAUGGGGGCUUAUUAGCCUCACAGCUCAGGCAGACCUCUAUAUAACGCUGUCUCCCUGCUGUGCAGGUUUCCUCAGGACAACACAGCCUCUGUUUCAUUAUAGGCAAUUGUAUGGACGUGUGACAUUGGGUAGGAGCAGCCAGCACCAGGUUUGGCAAAGGAAACCCCCGGCUACUGUAUAGCCAACAUGUUACCUCCUGCUGUGUGCCGACGUGCCUGGCAGAGUGGCUGCUGCCGACUGGUUAUUGUCUGAUUUAUUUGUUACUUUGCACUUAAUAAAGUUUUUACUACAAACUUGAA